AUGCUGUGUCCACAAUAGGCAAAUGCAUCCUGAAAUUGAUUCGGAGCAGCAGUUCUGACUGGUCCAGGCUCUGCCAUGCCCUCUCCGCUUCUCCCGUUGCUGCUUCGAUCGCUGCUCUCCCGCCUCCUGCUGCCUGUUGCCCGCCUGGCCCGCCAGCACCUCCUGCCCCUGCUGCGCCGACUGGCCCGCCGACUGAGCUCCCAAGACAUGAGAGAGGCUUUGUUGGGCUGUCUGCUGUUUGUCCUCAGCCAGCAACAGCCACCGGAUGCUGGAGAGACCUCCAGAGUGGACCACUCCCAGAGGAAGCAGAGAUUGGGCCCCCAGAAGUGAGGCCACGGGUCGUGGAAGCAGCAGCGUCCGGCCAUUGAAGUACCGUCUUUUGGAGCGGUUUAGCCCAAGUAUCUGCACUGACUGUAGAAUGCCCACUGGGAGAAGACGGAGUGGGGGCUGAGCGCGAAAGGAUUCUGACCCGAGCUCCCACUCUCCUAGGAUCUAGCAGAUGACAGAUGUGCCGUUCUUCCCUUCUCCCGGCAAUCCCCUCUGCCAAUGACCUCUGGCCUUCAGGGUAGACCUGCAAAUGGGGGCAGCAAGGUCAGUUAAGAGACAAUGUUCAAGACGAUUCAGCUAAGAGAUGAUAUUAAACCCAAACUGUCCAGUCUCACAGACUUAAAAUAUUAGGACCUUGGUUGCCCUUUGAGAUAAAUGUACCCUCCAAGUUCAGCAUGCAGCAAGUCGUCAAUAAACAGCGGUGCAUUGUGUUGUUU